GCCCGGUUGGCAUCUUGAAUGUCCCGCUUGCCGCCCGAUACUCAUAAAACCAGUUAGUUGGGGUGGUUGUAUCUCCUCCCCCACCUCCCUCCUACACACACAAUUUAAACUCCUUCUCUCCCAAUCCACCUCUCUCAUUCCAAGCUCUCCUGUGCUUCGAUUUCCACACCAUGGAAGAUCACAGAGCUUCUGUUCCCAACAAAGAACUCAAACUCCCCAGCUUUAUUCAAUCCGUAAAGCUCAAAUACGUGAAGCUUGGUUACCAUUACUUAGUCUCAAACGCCAUGUACCUCUUUCUCCUUCCUCUUCUCGCCGCCGCCUCGGCGAAGUUCUCCACUCUCACCGCCGACGACUUCCACCUACUUUGGAACAAGCUUCAGUAUAAUCUCAUCUCAGUUGUGCUCUGCUCCGCUCUCAUCGUCUUCCUCUCCACCAUUUACUUCAUGAAGAGUCCUCGCCCCGUUUACUUGCUUGACUUCGCUUGUUAUAAGGCUGGGGAGAUGCAGAAGAGCACAAGGGAAGGGUAUAUUGAGAGGGCGAAGCUCACCGGGGCUUUCACAGAGGAGAGUCUGGCUUUCCAAGAGAGAGUGAUCGAGCGAUCAGGGCUCGGACAAUCGACGUAUUUGCCGGAAUCCAUCGCGAGGAUUCCGGCAAAUCCGUGUAUGGCGGAGGCACGAAAGGAGGCCGAGGCGGUCAUGUUCGGAGCCAUCGAUGAGCUCUUGGCCAAGACGGGGGUGAAGGCAAAGGAUAUUGGUAUUCUCAUAGUUAAUUGUAGCCUCUUCAACCCUACCCCAUCACUCACCUCCAUGAUUGUCAAUCACUACAAGCUUAGGGGCAAUACUCUUACUUACAAUCUUGGUGGCAUGGGUUGCAGUGCUGGCCUCAUCUCCAUAGACCUUGGCAAGCAUCUUUUACAAGUCCACCGCAACUCCUACUGUCUCAUCGUCAGCACAGAAAACAUAACUCUCAACUGGUACCUCGGUAACAGCCGCUCAAUGCUUCUCUCCAACUGCCUAUUCCGCGUCGGCGGCGCCGCCGUCCUCCUCUCCAACCGCCGCCAAGACCGCCGCCUCUCCAAAUACCAGCUCCUCCACACCGUACGCACCCACAAAGGCUCCGACGACCGCUCCUACAACUGCGUAUUCCAAUCACAAGACCCGUCCCUCCUCACCGGCGUCUCCCUCUCCAAAGACCUCAUGUCCGUCGCCGGAGAAGCCCUCAAAACGAACAUCACCACCCUCGGCCCCCUCGUCCUCCCCCUCUCCGAACAACUCCUCUUCUUCGCCUCCCUUCUCUCCCGCCGCGUCCUCCGCAUCAAAUCAAUCCGACCUUAUAUCCCCGACUUCAAGCUCGCUUUUGAACACCUCUGUAUCCACGCCGGCGGCAGGGGAGUUCUCGACGAGCUCGAGAAGAACCUUCGGCUGACGGAGACCCACAUGGAGCCGUCGAGAAUGACGUUGUAUAGGUUCGGGAAUACGUCGAGCAGCUCGCUGUGGUAUGAGUUGUCGUAUACGGAGGCGAAGGGGAGGAUGAAGAAGGGUGACCGCACUUGGCAAAUAGCGUUUGGGUCCGGGUUCAAGUGUAACAGUGCGGUUUGGAAAGCGUUGAGGACGGUUGAACCGGUCAAGGAGAAGAACCCGUGGAUGGACGAGAUUGAUAGUUUUCCGGUUCGUAUCGGGUAGACCGGACCGGACCGGUUGUGGUUUUAUUACUUCUGAUUGUAUUUGAUUGGAUUAUUAGGAGGUAAAGUUAGUUCCCUAAGAAAGCUUUUAUGGGAAUUAUUUA